AUGGCUCUGAGCGCUAGGGCUCUUGCCUUCUCGGUGGAAGCCUUGGUGGGAAGACCCAGGAAAAGAAAACUGAAAAAUCAAAAAGAGGAGACGCAGCCUGAACUGCUGAAGAAAGAGGGCGGAGAGGAGGAGGAGAGAAGGAACAGUGCCGCAGGGAAGAAGAGGGAGCAGCCCGCAGGAAAGCGACCCAAGACAGAGCCUUCAGCAACUGCUUUCUCAGCUUGUAGCGGCAGCGACAGUGAUGACCAUGACCAGAACAGAGGCAAUAAUCUAGGAGAGAAAGGUCCUAUCCAAAUAGAGCUUCAAGGAUCCGAACUGUGGAAGAGAUUUCAUGACAUCGGGACUGAGAUGAUCAUUACCAAAGCUGGCAGGCGGAUGUUCCCCUCUGUUCGAGUCAAAGUGAAAGGGCUGGACCCAGGGAAGCAGUACUAUGUGGCCAUUGACAUGGUGCCAGUAGAUUCCAAACGUUAUAGGUAUGUGUACCACAGCUCGCAGUGGAUGGUAGCUGUGAAUACAGAUCACUCCUGCAUCACUCCCAGGUUCUAUGUUCACCCGGACUCCCCCUGCCCUGGAGAGACCUGGAUGCGGCAGAUCAUCAGCUUUGAUAGAUUGAAACUCACCAACAAUGAGAUGGAUGACAAAGGCCAUGUAAUCAUGCACAAGUACAAGCCCUGUGUGCAUGUGAUGGAACAGGACAGCAAAGGUGACUUGUCCUGGAUUCAGUCCCUGCCCAUUGAAGGGGUUAAAACGUUCUUCUUUAAAGAAACUGAGUUCACCACAGUGACUGCUUACCAAAACCAGCAGAUUACCAAACUGAAAAUAGACAGGAAUCCUUUUGCUAAAGGAUUUAGAGAUCCUGGAAGAACCAGGGGUGUAUUGGAUGAGCUUUUAGAGACCUACCCAUGGAGGCCUUCUCUCACUCUGGAUUUUAAAACUUUUGGUGCAGAUACACAAAGUGGAAGCAGUGGCUCAUCUCCAGUUACCUCUGGUGGAGGAACUCCUCCUUUGAACUCCUUGCCUUUUCUGCCCUACUCUCUGCCUAAGUUUCACUUAUCUACAAGCUCCUUUGGAAGGCCCUGUCCAGAGGUGUAUCUGCACAAUAUCAACCUGCCCCUCUGCUGCAAGAUUUGCCCAAAUAACUUUUGGCGACAGCAGCAUUUUGUCUUGCCACCUCCUGAAAGACUGGCAAGCAGAAACAGUUCUCAGUGUUUAGCCCCACCCAUGAUGGAACUUUCCACAUUAUCUUCUCUGGGAUUUGCUAACUCAAAAAAUGGUCCAUUUGAAGACUUCAAAGGGCAGUGUCUACAGGCACCUAAUUCUUCCAAUCAAAUGUUGUAUGUAUUACAGUCACCUGGAAAUAUUUUAUCACCAAACUCCAUUGCCCAGGAAGCAACGGGUUGCUCUCUCCAUUUUUCCUAUGGUUUUUAUAGGUACAAUUCAGUGCCAUCUAGACUGGUAAAUGUUGCCAAUCAUCUCAAAGUGAAUGACAAUAGUCACGUUUCUUUUGGAGAAGCUAAAUGCAAUCAUGAUUAUUGGUGUCCAUCAAUUAAUAAUUGCCUUUAA